AUGACCUUUUUGUUCAGUAACAAUCAACACCAACUUUUGACACAAUUUGUAUCUCCAUCUCUGUCGCAGAGCCAGAUUCAAGCCCAAAUUCCAUGCUCUUUCCAAAAGCUAACAUGUUCCCCAUCCUGCAUUAGGGUGUGUACCACAAAUAUUGCUACAUUCCAGCUGAGGCGACAGUAUGUCAUCCCAACGGAAAAUAAGUAUCUGCAAUGGUCCUUACUGAAACAGAGGGUAGUUUUACCUUUUCUACCCCAAAAAGCUCAAAAAACCACUGGUCAGCCACCUCACAACCUUCCUCGGAGCAGCCAGCCCACCCAGACCCCUAAGUUAACUACUGGCUUUCCUGAGUAUUUUAAGAGCCAGACAGGGCAGAAGCUAGUGCCCACACAGCCCUCAACACCUGCUUCUAUAGGCAGCAGCAGUGUGCAGGAGACAAAGCCCUGGUGCUCUGACAGUCUUUUAAAGAAAGGCUUGAUUUCCUUCCAACUACAAGAUGUAAGCGAUGGUCUAGAGCAAGAGUCAGAAGAUCAAUUGCAGUGUUUAGGAAAGACCUCCCAGAAUGUUCAGGAAGAUGAUAGCAAGUAUUCAGAAAGUGACUUCAAGAGCCCUGAGAAGAAUGACUUAGAAAUUUACAAGAUCAGUAGUCUUGACCAAGAACACCUGCAAGAACAUCUGAUCAGGAAGUUGAGGCAACUGCGUGAGGGCCUACUUCCUAUUUGUGUGCAAAAAUCCUGGCUUGAAGCCACUCACAUCUUGCCCAUGUGCAAUAAGCGUACAAAAUCUGGAAACCCAGCACUUUCCAAGGGCCAGGAAAUCCCCGUGGAUACUUCUCAGGAGCUUCUCUUCCUGGACAACAAAACUAGCCUGUUACUUGAAGCACACAUAAGAACCGUGGGAGCAAUG